AUGGCAAAUUCUCUAUACUUCAAGAGGAACUUGGGCUUCAUCAAGGUUUUGGCCAGGGCAGCCAAAGUUCCAGCUUACAUUGGUGGAACGGUCGCUGCCGGUGGCUCUUACGUUGCUUACAAGGUGGAGCAGGCGUCUAAUUACACUUCGGAUAAGGUCAAUGCAAUCAAGGAUUUCACUUCCAACCUCUUUGAUAAGACUGGAGACUUUCUCAAAGGAAUGGGAGGCGAAGGCUCUGAAAGUACAGGCUCCGGCGGUGCUAAUGACGGUGGGGAUAACGCAGCGGCUGUAGGUGCCACUGCAGCUGCUUUGGGACUCACUUCAGAUGAAGAAGAGGAUCUCGAAGGCGAAGAUGAAGAUACGCUUAUUGAUCAAGACGACGAUGAGGAGCUAGACUUGGAGAAUGAUGACACAACAGACGAAAUGCUCAAUUUGACUCGCCAGAUGAUUGAGAUCAGAAAUAUUUUGACUGCUGUAGACAGUCAGUCUGAGACGCUCAAACUUCCGCUGAUUGUGGUCAUUGGCUCCCAAUCUAGUGGUAAGUCUUCUGUUUUGGAACUGAUUGUUGGCCACGAGUUCUUGCCCAAAGGUUCCAAUAUGGUGACCAGACGCCCCAUAGAGUUGACUCUCAUUAAUCUGCCUGAGUCGGCUAGUGAGAUUGCCGAGUUCCCGGCUCUCAAAUUGUACAACCUUACCGAUUUCCAACAAGUCCAGAAGACCCUUUUUGACUUGAACAUGGCUGUUCCCGCCUCUGAAUGCAUACUGAAUGACCCAAUUCAGAUAACUAUCCGCUCACCCAGAGUUCCUGAUUUAUCAUUGGUUGACUUGCCGGGUUACAUCCAAGUUGAAGCUGCGGACCAGCCGAUUGAAUUGAAGCAGAAGAUCAGAGAGCUUUGUAAUCGUUAUCUCGAAGCUCCGAAUAUCAUUUUGGCCAUUUCUGCGGCUGAUGUAGAUUUGGCCAAUUCUUCAGCUUUGAGAGCAGCAAAGCUCUCUGACCCAAGAGGUGAAAGAACUGUUGGGGUUAUUACGAAGCUUGAUUUAGUAGAGCCGGAACGAGCAAGAGCCAUUCUUCUCAACAGAAAAUACCCAUUGAGAAUGGGAUACGUGGGUGUCAUAACUAAGGCUCCAAGUUCGGCUCCUACUGGAGCUGUCGGUCUUUUCAACAGAAAGAAAAUUGGUGGCUACCAGGCGUACGUAGCACAACAGAAUUUCGAAUUUGGCUAUUUCAAAGAAAACAAGGACGCAUUCAUUGGAACCACAACAGGUUCUCGCAAUUUGAAGAAGAAGCUAAUGAAAGUGUUAGAGAAAUCCAUGUCUGCAUCUCUUAGACCUACACAUUUGGCUAUCCAGCAAGAGCUUGAAGAAACUGCGUACCAAUUUAAGGUUGAAUUUAAUGAUAGACCAUUAACUCCGCAAACUUAUUUGGCAAACAACAUCGACUUAUUGAAGGUCGCUACCAAAGAAUUAAGCCGUAAUUUCUCGAGGAAUGAGUUGAGAUCGUUAUUAAAAAACGAAUUGGACCAAAGAGUACUUGACCUCUUGGCCGAGCGCUACUGGAAUAAGCCCUUCGAGCUCAGUGGUUUGGAUUCCCCAUAUUUGUCCUCUGAGCCGGACUUGAGAGAAUUGAGUCAGUUGAAUUACAUCGAUGAAGACAGUUACUGGCACAAGAAAUUGGACUUAGCUACAGGUUCGCUCACAAAGCUAGGUGUGGGCCGGUUGUCUACAUCGUUAGUCACCAAUGCUGUUGUUACAGAAAUUGAUAACUUGGUUGACAGAACACAAUUAUCUAACCACCCAAUGGCAAGGAAAGCAGUAGAAGAGGCAGCCAAGGCUGUGCUCAAGUCCAAAUAUUAUUCCACGGCUGACCAGGUCGAAAAUUGCAUCAAGCCUUACAAGUACGAAGUCGAAAUCGAGGACAGAGAGUGGAAUGCAAGCAAGGACAACGCUGUUAACCUUAUUAAGGAAGAGAUGGCACAAUGUGACACAGCUCAAUCAUCACUUAAAAAUCUUGUUGGUGGACGCAAGCUUCAGCAAGUGGUUACUUACCUUGAGAAAUUGAAGAGUCAAGAGGGGGCCAUCGAUGUGGAUUCGAAUGAGGCACUUGGAUUCUCAAAAAACUUGAUCGAGAAAGGAAAGUAUGCAAUUUUCUUGAAAGAGCGAGCGCAACUCCUCAAGAUGCGCUAUCUGUUCAUCAAAAACUCAAAGAAAUGUAAGAGCAAAGAUAAUAAGUAUCAAUGCCCUGAAAUCUUCUUGGAUGCGGUGUCUACGAAGCUCACAUCUACAGCUAUCCUUUUCUUGAAUGUUGAGUUGCUUAGUGACUUCUACUAUAACUUCCCACGCAAGCUUGACGAAGAAUUCUUUGGUAAUUUGACCAGAGAACAAAUGGAGAGUUUCGCCAAGGAGGACCCUAAGAUCAAGAAGCAUAUUGAGCUACAAGAGCGUAAGGAUCUUCUUGAGGAAGCCUUGAAUAAGAUUGAGGGAGUAUUGGCACUUCAGAGGCAAAAGGGAGAACCUCGUGACAGCAAGUGGUGGUAA